UUUUCGAAUAAUUGAAAUUAGAAUAUUAUAACAUGUCUGAUAGCACAGAAUGACUGAGUUUUAUCAACUAAACAAUAACAGUGAAGCCAAUCAUCAUAAAAUACAAAUUUGCUUUACUGAGCGCGCGUAUAAAAGUUUUACUUUUUUAAAUCGGGGGGAGAGGGACUACCUCGGCGAAACACCUGCUUUUGGGGAGCGCGCACGUAUACUUACGCAGCGGUCUGUUUACGUCCAAUCUGAGGAGUCGCUGCUGCUACUGUGACCUGCUACAGUUUAGUCAACGAAAUAGUAUUACUGGAUAAACACCGCUUCGGGAGUUAACAUGACGUUAUUUUGACAUUCCACACACAUUUGUCCCUACGGAAGCCGCGCAAAGGGUGACCUGACAGAGAUCAUGAUGGAUUAGCUUUAGCUCAGCCAGUGUGACUGACACCAAGAACUGGGACGAGGGACUUUGGUGCUACUAGCGUUAGCUAGCUAAGCAACUUAGCUAGACGUUUUGAAUCAGCCUUACUGCUGCGACAGAUUCUUGCGCUAGUUUGAGAUCCUUCAGGGAUUCUCAGAGCAGCAUGGCUCCGAAAGACAUCAUGACCAAUUCCCACGCCAAAUCCAUCCUCAAUGCCAUGAACUCCCUUCGCAAGAGUAACACGCUCUGCGACAUCACUCUGAGGGUGGAGAACACAGAUUUUCCAGCUCACCGGAUCGUCUUGGCUGCCUGCAGUGACUACUUUUGUGCCAUGUUCACCAGUGAGCUUGCAGAAAAGGGGAAAUCUUUUGUCGACAUUCAGGGGCUCACUGCAUCAACUAUGGAGAUCUUGCUGGACUUUGUUUACACGGAGACUGUACUCGUCACAGUGGAAAACGUACAAGAGCUUCUCCCUGCUGCAUGUUUGCUACAGCUCAAAGGGGUCAAGAGGGCCUGCUGUGACUUUUUGGAGAGUCAGCUGGACCCCUCCAACUGUUUGGGUAUUCGUGACUUUGCCGAGACGCACAAUUGCCUUGACCUGAUGCAGGCCGCCGAGCUCUUCUCCCAGAAGCAUUUCUCCGAGGUGGUUCAGCACGAGGAGUUCAUGCUGCUGAGCCAGACGGAGGUGGAGAAGCUCAUCAAAUGCGAUGAAAUUCAGGUGGACUCGGAGGAGCCUGUGUUCGAGGCCGUGCUGAACUGGGUCAAACACAACCGCAAGGAGAGGGAGCCCUACCUGCCCGACAUGCUGGAGUUUGUGCGAAUGCCGCUCCUCACGCCGCGCUACAUCACAGAUGUCAUUGACGCCGAGCCUCUCAUUCGAUGUAGCCUGCCGUGUCGAGACCUCGUCGACGAAGCCAAAAAAUUCCACUUAAGGCCCGAGCUGAGGAGUGAGAUGCAGGGCCCGCGCACACAAGCCAGACUAGGAGCCAAAGAGGUCCUGCUGGUUAUCGGCGGGUUUGGCAGCCAGCAGUCGCCCAUCGACAUAGUGGAGAAGUAUGAUCCCAAAACUCAAGAGUGGAGCUUUCUGCCGAACAUAGCGCGGAAAAGGCGCUACGUGGCCACGGUGUCGCUGCACGACCGCGUGUACGUGAUCGGAGGCUACGACGGGCGGUCCAGGCUCAGCUCGGUGGAGUGUCUGGACUACACCGCCGACGAGGACGGUGUCUGGUACACCGUGGCCACCAUGAACGUCCGGCGCGGGCUCGCCGGAGCCACCACCCUCGGAGACAUGAUCUACGUGGCGGGCGGGUUCGACGGAAGCCGGCGCCACACCAGCAUGGAGCGAUACGACCCCAACAUCGACCAGUGGAGCAUGCUGGGGGACAUGCAGACGGCCAGAGAGGGAGCCGGUCUGGUGGUCGCCAGCGGGCUCAUCUACUGCCUCGGUGGAUACGACGGGCUUAAUAUCUUGAAUUCAGUGGAGCGGUACGACCCGCACACGGGACACUGGACCAGCGUCACUCCCAUGGCCACCAAGCGGUCAGGUGCUGGCGUGGCUUUACUCAACGACCACAUCUACGUGGUGGGAGGUUUCGACGGGGUGUCGCACCUGGACUCGGUGGAGGUGUACAACAUCAGGACAGACUACUGGACCACCGUAGCCAGCAUGACCACGCCUCGGUGUUACGUCGGGGCAACCGUUCUCCGGGGGAGACUCUACGCCAUCGCCGGAUACGACGGGAACUCUCUGCUCAGCAGUAUUGAAUGUUACGACCCAGUCAUCGACUCCUGGGAGGUCGUCACCUCCAUGGCGACCCAGCGGUGCGACGCGGGCGUCUGUGUUCUGCGGGAAAAGUGACGGCGGCCGAAAAGCCGGAGCCACGUGAAGAAGAGCAGGCGACGAGGACGGGGGCAGCUAAACCUCGCUGAAAUGCCACUACAACAGAACCACAAAGGGAGUCGUUUUUUUGCCAGUAUGCAAAUAGAUACUCUUUAGAAAAAGGAAAAAAUAUGAAGUACCGCUGUUAGGUUUUCCUCCUCUACGGGACGGUUUACCUUUUGCCAGUUGGACUGUCCAACAGAGAUUCAGCCACGCCAUGGUAGACUUCACUUCACCUCCAAGGAGCCCAUCACCACUUGCAUGACUCUUGGGUGGAACACGUGUCUGUCAUUACCUGUGAGAUUAUUUUUUCAGUUCGUCUUCAAAGUGCAAUAUAUUUUUACUCAUCUAAAGAAAACAAUGGAGCAGGUUCAGUCUCCAUUUGCUGCUAUAUGCCUUAUCACUUUGGCCUAAAUCGAACAGUGAGCAUCCAUGUUGCCUCCCAUUUCACUCUUAGUUACGCAACAUUAGCUUCUUAUUGAAUGGACCCAUUGGGGAUAUACUUGGUCAUCAAGGAGUCAAUAAUUUAAAACCUUUUCUUUUGUGUUUUUACAUUUAAAUCAAAAAAGGUUUCCUACUUAUUUGUUCUCUCAGAAUAUGUAUCUUAAGAUAAAUAUUGUUUUAGAAAAAGGACAGAAGUGUACCGGUAGAUUUUGUCCUUUGACAAAUUUGAAGAGUCAAAGUAUAAAGUUUGAGGUGCAUGUGAUUUAUUUUUAUUUCCCUCUUUCCCUCAGCAUAUGUUUGGACAUGUAUGUGUAUGAUACAAAGUCUUAACAUCACUGUUGCCUGGGAAGUAAAUAAAAACACUGAGAAAUGUUUAGUGUGUGGCGUUCAAACACUCC